UCCCAAGGGGAAUGGCGGCCAAAGCAGAAAGGCCUUCCUUGGGAGGCUGGGAACCGUGCGGCCCCGGACCUCAGACGCUCCGCGCUGGGGCUCCGGAGCUGCUCGCCCCCGCCGCAUUAGUCUGUCCCCUGUGCCGCCGCCGCUCCCCUCCCUGGCAGCACCGGCUGAGUAUGAAAGACACGGGGCGAUUUCCUGGUUUCCCCCCAAAACCGCCCAGGGCCCCGCCCCCGCCGCAGUUUCACUUUUGAGUUCACCUCCGCCCGCCCGGGACUCGGCGCGGCGCUCGCAGCGGCGGGACUCCAGCGAAAGCGCGACUCGGUGGUGGCCGAGAGAGGAGACUGCGAGACCCGUGGGGGCCAGUGGCAGCCCCCAGUGGCAGCCGGGGGCGCCCCUCGGGAGCCGGGGCGGAGCGUUUCCUUCGCUGUGGAGAACUCUUGGCCCCGCGUCCCUGACCCCAGACCUCGUGUCGGCGCCGUGCGGGGAGAGCCAUGGCCUCGGCCACAAGCAGCAAGAAGAUGAGGGAGGAGGCCACCUGCUCCAUCUGCCUGAACCUGAUGGUGGAGCCCAUGAGCAUCAGCUGCGGACACAGCUACUGCCAGGCCUGCAUCCUGCGCUUCCUGGACAACCAGCCGCGCCCGCCGCCGGCCCUGCCCCAGGUCUCCCCCUGCCCCCAGUGCCGCGCGCCGUUCCAGCGGGCCAGCCUGCGGCCCAACAAGCAGCUGGGCGGCCUCAUCGAAGCCCUCAGGGAGAUGGACUGCGACGUGUGCUGCGAGGAGCACAACGAGCGGCUGCAGCUGUUCUGCGAGGACGAGGGCCAGCUCAUCUGCUGGCGCUGCGAGCGGGCCCCGCGGCACCAAGGGCACAGCACCGCGCUCGUGGAGGACGUGUGCCCCGGCUACAAGGAAAAGCUGCAGAAAGCCAUGACCAAACUGAGGCAGCUGGAAGAGGAGUGCGUGCACCAGAAGGCGUCCAGGGGGAAGCAGAUAACAGAGUGGAACGAGAUGAUCAGUGUUAAGAGACAGAAGAUCCAGUUCGACUUCAGGAACCUGCACAGCUUCCUGGAGGAGGAGGAGAAGUGGUACCUGUGGAAGCUGGACCGAGAGAAGGAGCAGACUCUGAAGAGGCUGAGGGAGAGCGAGGCCAAGCUGGGGCAGAAGAGACACCAGCUGGAGAGCCACAUCCUGGAGCUGGAGGAGCGGUGCCAGGGCUCGGCGCAGAAGCUGCUGCAGGACGUGAAGGCCACGCUGAGCAGGAGUCAGGCCGUGCAGCUGGAGGCCCCGGACACCGUCUCCUUGGAGGUUCGGACCGAGUGCGACGUUUCGAAGCGUUACUUCGACGUGAAGAAGCUGUUGAGGAGCCAUCAAGUGAGCGUGGUUCUGGAUCCAGACACGGGGCAUCGGGAGCUGAUUGUAUCUGAGGAUCGGAGACAGGUGACCCGGGGGUGCCCCCAGGACAGUCUGGACGUGUCUCCCAGGAGGUUCACCGCCGCGCCCUGCAUCCUGGGCCGCGAGAGCUUCACCUCGGGGCGGCACUACUUCGAGGUGGACGUGGGAGAAGGGACCGGGUGGGACGUCGGCGUCUGCCUGGAGAGUGUGCAGAGGGACGCGGCCCUGAAGCAGGAGCCCCAGGCCGGCUUCUGGGCUCUCCGGCUGUGCGCCAAGGACGGCUACGUGGCGCUGACCUGGCCCCGCACGCCCCUGCGCCUGGGGGAGCAACCCCUGGUGGUCGGGGUGCUCCUGGACUGCGAGGCCGGAGUCGUCUCCUUCUACAGCGUGACCUCGGGCUCCCGCAUCUUCACCUUCCCCAAGGCCUCCUUCUCGGACGCGCUGCGGCCCUACUUCCAGGUCUACCCCUACUCCCCCUUGUUCCUGCCUCCGCUGGACGCGUGAGGACGGGAGCAGCGUCCUGGGCUGCACCUGCUGGAGAGACUGUGAGGCCGGGAGGGAGUGCUCUGGCCUGUGUGCUUCCCUGCUGUGCCCGGGUCCCCAGCGCGGGGCCCGGCUCUUGUGGGUCCUCACCAGUCUGCCUCGCAUGAAGGGCCUCAGAGAACGAGAGCCCCACUGACGGCCAGUCUGAGCCUGACCUCCGCAGCCCCGUCGGUAGACUCUGAGCUUUGGUUUCCGCAGUCUGUGGGAGGCGCGGAGGUCAGGAGGUCCAAGUGCUCCUGUUUUUUUUUUUUUCCUUUUCU